AUGUCAGUGGAGCGGGAGAAUCGUGAGCAACUCGAAAGGGAAAGUCAGCUUAAGCAGAAAGAGCGAUAUCGGCGAGAGAGAGUCGCAGCAGCCCAGAAGCAAAUAGAAGCACGAGGGCAACACGUUAAGGAGCUGCUCGACGCGCGUAUGGAGGACAAUAGGAAUCGGCUACAGUCACUUGAAGUGGAACUCGCAACGAGACGGGCCGAUGCUUCAGCACAAGAGUUGUUGGAGGAUCAGCGACUAAGGGAGUGGCAGAUGGGACAGAGUUUGGUUAUCUCUGAGAAGAGCCAGGAAGAGGAGAAGAAACGGGCUGCUCUGAAUGGCAAGAUAGCCGAGAUUGAAAUGGUGAGAGCACUACAAGGGCAGUUGAUACGCGAGAGGUUCGAUGAGAAAAUCAGCACUGCUGAGCGAAGAAAAGAAACUGAUUUAGCACAGCAGAUUUUGAAGCAGAAAACUGCACAUUUGAAGUUGAUGGAUGCGAGGGAAAGGAAAGAGGAACUUGAACGAGUGGAUCGGCAUCGAAGGGAUCUGCUUGGUAGAGAGAUUGAAGAUAAAGAAGCGAAGAUUUCUACUAUGCUCUUCACGAAGGAUUUGCUAAUGGCUCAGCGGAAGAUACUAAUACAGCAGCAGGAAUGCCUGAAUGGAAAGCCGGUGAAUAUAAGACAGAUUAUGCCAGGCCCUGCUCACUAUAGUCGCUCUAUGAACAGUGUGAUGGAAAAUCCAGCUCCAAAAAUAUCCACAUCCAAUUCUAAGCUGUUAAUACCGGGGUCAACAGAGUUCGAGCUGAAGAAGGCGAAGUCCAUACCACCGCCUGGCUCGUACGACCCAAAAGUCCUGCCGUCGGGAUCAGGAUUAUGGGAUGAGGGAAAGAUCUCCAUGAGUAAGAGUCCGAAGACGACGUAUUUGGAUGAGGAGCGAGCUAUUCGGGCAUUAGCGCCUGGUCCCGGCACAUACGGAGAUGCGAGUAAGACGUCAGCUCUGCAGCGGGAUCGCGGACCGAGAUUCGCCAGGGGCUAUGUGAAAACUGGCAGAGAGCCUUCUUUUCUACCCCCUCCCGAAGACUCUCCCGGUCCUGCUGGCUAUAGUGUUGAUCGAUUUUAUCGGCAAGAACGCCUGCGAAGGUUCCGUAUCCCUCUUCUCCACUGA